AUGAUCUGCGCAGGCGAUUGCAAUUCACAUAAUACGGCCUGGGGAUAUCGAACUACAGACCCGAAAGGGAGAGAACUAGAGGACUUCAUAUCCUCAAGUAAUCUAAUAGUUCAGAUUACAGCAGAUGCACCACCAUCCUUCGACAGGGUCUUUGCGCAGGGAUAUCCAGACCUCACCCUGACCACUCUGCACGUAGCACCUCUUUUGCAGGACUGGAAAGUCGAAGAGGAAGAGAGCAUCAGUGAUCACAGGUUUAUUACCUUCUGUAUAUCGCAAACCACCUCCGUGUCCAAGAUCAAACGCUAUAACCUUCCUGGCCGGAAAUUAACAACAUUUACGAAGAAAAUUAAAGUGCAGCUAAUGCGCCUCGAACCUUCGCUCCAACUAGCUAACACGGCAGCAGAAUUAGAAGACUUCUCCGUAACAUUACAAGAAACAAUGCAAGCCAUAUGUAAUGAAAAUCUCCCUCUUAGAAAACCUAAGAGACUCCAAGGCAUUAACUGGUGGUCGAGUGCGCUCAGAAUACAGCAACGAAAGUGCAGAGCACUGCGAAGAAAACUCAAAAGCGAAAGACGGUUGGAGAUAGAGUCCAACACCCUCACCAUAUUUCAAUGGGAGCGGGCGCGGUACAAAAAGAUGAUUAUUCAGGCUAAGAUUACUUCCUGGAGGGAAUUCUGCACCCAAGCAAAAAAUACGUAUGGUAUUCACCACAAAAUAGCUACCGAUAAAAUUUUUAAACCUUCGCAGCUACAGAUCCCUCUCUCAAUCACCAACAGUCAGGGGUACACGGCAGACACCCUACGUACGGUCUUAAACGCAGUUUUCUGCAAAGACGAUAUACUGCAGGACACAGCAGAACAAGCUCUUCUCAGGACUGUAACAACCACACUGGACACCCCAACAGAACCCGGAUAUUACAAUUAA